CUCCUCCAGAGUUCGUGCAGUGGCCUCAGUCCCUCUCCAGACCAACAGGGGGCAGCGCUGUGUUCAGCUGCACAGCCACCGGUGUCCCUGAGCCGCACUUAAUCUGGCUGAAAAAUGGCAAACUGUUGAAUCCGAGCGGCAACGUCAAACUGACCAGUGGAAACACGACGCUCGCCAUCACCCGCAUCACUCCUGCGGACGAGGCCAUUUAUCAGUGCAUUGCUGAGAACAGCGCCGGGACCAACCAGGCCAGCGCCCGCCUCGCCAUUGACCAGGGAGCCCACCUACCUGAGGCCCCCACUGGUCUCCAGGCCACAGCGCUCAGCACCAGCACCCUGCACCUGACCUGGGACCCCCCGGACCAACACGUCAGCCAGCACAUCAUUGGAUACGUCCUACACAUCAGGAGACUGGGAGAGGCAGACAGUGCUGAGCUGCAGGAGGCCGUGGAUAAAACCACCUUCAGCCACGACUUCAACAACCUGGAAGCUGCCACCACCUACUCCAUCUACCUGAAGGCUUACUCCGCCCAGGGAGGCAGCCAGCAGUCCAUCACCAUCACUGCCACCACACAGGGAGGAG